AUGAACCUCCCGUGGUUAAUCGUUCUGUUUGUGAUCAGUGAAUUUUCCGUGAAAGUUCUGCCGUAUCCUCAAGCAGUGGUCACCCAGAUCCAAUCCCCCAACAGGGUGACCCCAGUGCCAACAUUUCGAAAGCCGGAAAAUUCCUCCAUCUCAACAGCAUCGCCUAAAACGUCGCCGUCACCUUCGCCAACGGCGACGAAGACGACGAUGGAGCAAGACCUGAAACGGGUGGCCAUGCUGGGGAUUCUGUUCGGGGCCGUCCAAGGCGAAGCCGAAAUGGAAAGGAAACUGCACCGGCAGCUGCAGGACCUGAGCCGGACCUUCGCGGUGACGAAAUUCGACGCCAAGACACGCAAGGUGGCCGCCCUCGAGCGCACCAUGGAACGGGACCAGGUGGCCAUCGGCAUUCUGAACGGGGCACUUGGGUUGGCCACCAAAGCGAUGACCUACGAGCAGUACAGGCGUGAAAUGAGAAAACUGUCCGAGCGUGAGAAACAAGCAGCCGGUGCGACGCUACCCCUUCUGCGGAAAAAUCCCGGUAUUAUGAACCUCAACCAAACCGACUACGAUCUGAAGAAAAUCAAACGGGAGGUCAACCGCCACAUCAACCGGAUGCGCAACGGACUGUCGAAAAAAAUCAAAGAAACCGUCCAAUACCUGGAGAGCCACGAUGCACUGGCCACCAUGGAUCAGGUGGAUGCGUCGGCAGUGAAGGCCAAGAUCAGCAUGGGAGGCACCAAUCGGCUGCCGGAUUACAGCUUCUACGAAGCGGUGGUUCAAAAGGACCUGGAAAAUAACAUCGGUGCGCUGUUCCGGAGAAGGCAGGACGACGAUGACGAUGGCGAAGGUGCGAAUGGUGGAAACGGGGUGAAAGCUAAGGAUAGUAAAGAGAAUGGAAUUACGGUAACCUUGGGAGGCGAUGAAGACGAGUCGGAAUCGGAGUCCGAGGAGGAAAUGCCGGGAGGUUUGGUGGGAUUGAUUGCCAAUCUGAGCGGUGGCGACGAGGGAUCGGACGUGGGAGCACUGGUUGGGGCACUGUCGGCUGCUGUAACGAAUCUGUUUGGUCCUGAUGGUCUGGACGUUCCCGGUUUACUGGGAACAGGUGCAAGUCUACUCGCUGGUUUGCUCGGGGGAGAUCAAAAUUUCGGCAAAGUUCUGGGAAGCUACGUAGGUAUUGCCAUCGAAGGCUUUUCCGGCGGAGGCGCUGACAACAACGGAGCAUUCUUCGGAAACUUUCUGGGAUCGGUCAUUGCCGCGCUGAGCUCGGUGGGUACUAAAUCUAAGCACUGA